AAUGCACCAUAUAAAUUCUUUCGGCGAACAUAAACAUGGCUAAUGUUGAACCUGACUACGAGCAGAAAGGAGAACAUGGCGAAACAAAAGUCAAGAUAAUAUGUUUGGGCGACAGUGCAGUAGGAAAAUCAAAAUUGGUGGAGAGAUUUUUGAUGGAUGGAUAUAAACCUCAGCAGCUGUCUACCUAUGCUCUAACUUUAUUCAACUACCAGACAGAGCUCAGUGAUGAAAAAGUAUCAGUAGAUUUCUGGGACACAGCAGGCCAGGAGCGUUUUAAUAACAUGCAUCCCUCAUAUUACCACAAUGCACAUGCAUGUAUUUUGGUGUUCGACACAACGAGAAAAGUCACGUAUAAAAAUUUGCCCAAUUGGCUAAAAGAAUUAAGGGAAUAUAGACCUGAAAUCCCUUGUUUGUGUUGUGGAAAUAAAAUUGACGUGGACUAUUCAAUAACGAAAAAAGCAUUUACAUUCCCGAAAAAACAUGGCAUGCCAUUCUAUUUUGUAUCAGCAUCAGACGGGACCAAUGUUGUAAAAUUAUUCAAAGAUGCAAUACGUGCUGCUGCAGCUUACAAAAAUAAUUCCACGGAUUUCAUGGAUGAAAUCAUGAGGGAAUUGGAGAAUUUUGAAUUAGAGACAGACAAUGCAACUAACACCGAUUGUGCACUUGACUCUGCUGGUAAUUCAGAGGAUAAAAAGGAGGUCAAGGAUGGUAACUCUUCCAGUUGAGAGUAGCCUCCCUUAGACAUAGCGUGUAAAAUACAUUUGUUAUUUAUUCUGAUUGCCUUUGUAUAGACUGGAGAUCAAUCUAAGGAUAGCACCAACAUUGUGGGCAAUAUUGUUGCCCAUUAUUUCUGCUAUCUACUUGAACACAGUAGUGUUGGACAGUCAUUAUUUGCACUUGAAUUCCUUUUGCAAAUAGGAGAUAAACAUUACAUUUUUCUUAGCUAUUUCUAAAUGGAGAUAUUGGCAUAUUAGUAACCUUAUGUCUGAAGAUUGAAUGGGGAAAUCAUCAGCACCUACUUUAUGAGGGUUAAAUGAUGGGAGAUGAGUUGGCCCAUUUGUUUACGAUGUAAUGCAUGUAUUAUUAAGUGCAGAUUUUGUUUGAAUGUUGCUUGAUAAUUCCUGGGAGGUUGUGCUCAUGUAUGCAAUGCAUUGUCUUGAGCUAUGAAUUUUUUCUAUGCAUGAAGUUGGACCAGACUUAAAAAUUUUGUUCUCAGUUUAUGACCCACAAUAUUUCAGGUUGGGUAGGUAGGCAUGCUGGGUAAUGAAGAAAUACUUGAUUUUAUGUAAUUUUAUUGAUUUAUUUAAUUAGGUCUUUCACAAACUAAUUAUCAGAACCAAGAAGCAAUUUCAAAUCUCAUAAACAUGUUUUUAACACCGUCCUCCCCCACAGGGAGCAUGAAUAUUGAAAUAAUGAAAACUGGUGAGGCAAUGAAUGACUGAGCUGUGAGUAAUUAAUAAUAAAAUGCAUACUCUUUGGUUUAUUCACAUUGCAAAUGAUGAUUAAUAUUUGAUGUAGUCCCAGAGGUAGAGAAAGCAAUUAAAAAUGUGAGCAAUUUUAGUAACUUAUUAAUAAAUUAUUAGCAAACAACAAUAUUAUUGUAAGUAUAUUCUAUAAUUAGAAGAUUGAACAAUGUCACCAUCCACUUCAAGGUUUUUUGAAUGGUGUUUUCUUGGUAUAAUAUGCACAUACUUACACGUGUAUUCCAUGUUGCUUUGUCUCUGCGUCUUUCAAUUUGUCUGUUUGCAACUCUUAAUCUUGGACUUGUUGAACUGAAGGAUGAAGGUCAAGCCAUGAACUGGCCUGUCAAGGUGAAGUUAUGAACUGGCCAUGCUUGGAAGCAUGAUGCUUCAAAAAUGCAAUUUAUUUUUUAUGAAUUUGUUGGUGUAGACUUGCCUGAUUUUGUUUGUAUGCUCAUUUAAGAAUUCAUUCAGAGCCAGUUUUUUUAAACAUCAUUUAAUGUACUUGAACAUUCUCACAUUGUGACAACCAAGUUUCAUAUGUUAUUUGAUAGGUAUACAUGGAAGUGAUACAAUACAAAAACUGUACUUUAAUUUAAGAUUAAAAAUCUUAUUGAAACCAUUUUUUUGUGUAUUAAAGUAAUGAUCGAGUUUUAAUCUUUCUCAUUCACAAAUGUAAUGUAAAAUUAUCUUCUGUAUUGUGCAAAAGGGAAAUAAUGUGAUAGUUUGAUUUGUGUUGUGUGUGUACACUUGUACAUGUAUAAUAUGUAUUCCUUGUCUUGCCAAUAUGCCAAUGCUAAAAAUAGAAUGCAACAUUGCUAGUAUUUUAUGCAGUGUUCAGCGAGUUAAUGAAAAUAAACACAUGCUGUGUACAUUCAUGAGAAAGACAGUUAUGCAUGCAACUAGUGUAAAAUUUUGGGUUUUUUCUGUUUUUAAAUUUCUAUAUUAGAUUUAGGUCACAACUUUAAAUUUUAUCUUUCGUUCUUGAGCAUGUUGUAUUGUUUAUCAUUUUGAUGAUUUAAAAACAUUGCAGGAAAAUAUAUCCACAAUGGUUUUUAAUGGUUUUAGCACAUGCAUUUGUUUGUAACGGGGUACAUGUGAAUUGCAUGAAAAAUGUUACAGUAACAACAUUUUUUGAGGUUCUGUACAAGUGUGUGUGUGUGUGUGAAAAAGUGUGUUUUUAAGUUCUUUGUAAAUAGAACCACUGGUUAGAAAUGGAUGACAUGUUUUAGAUAAUCUGUAACUAGCUAGUUUGUUUCUGGCGGAGUACAGGGAUGGAGUGAAGAUGCCAUCUGCUGUAUAGUUAGCUGACCUAUAAUAGGUAUCAGAUAGAUAUGUAAGUUUAUGUAUCAUCAGUGUCCGUCCUUAUUGAAUAAAACAUACGUAUAACAGUUUUU